CAUCAGAUUUGAAAAUUCGCAACCCCUUGCUCAGAAACCGACGGUGAAAAGCGCCGGCUUCAGGAAAAGCCGGUUUUCUCGCACUUCCACACUAGUCGCCGUCCGCUUUUCAUCCCGUCGACAUGUUCUGGAUACUCCAACGGACCCGGCUCGCAAACGCCGCAUCGCUGCUCAACAACCUCAACUGUAAUAGUGUCGAAAACCGACCCCUUCGCAAGGACUAUCACAAACUAAAUAGCGAAGAGAAGGCGACGACGUAUCAGGAGGAAGAGAUCCUUGACCACGAAGCGUCCUGCAAAAACAACAACAUCGUGGAAAGUUCAUCAGUGUCGGACACGGACUUUACUGACAACGAGGCGGACAACAAGAACGAUGACUACACAGACGAUUCAGACUACGAAGAAGCCCUAACUUGUAACGUAUGCGAUCGAAUGUUUGCCUGUCCAAAACAGUUAUCGUCACAUAAACAAAAGAAGAGGCAUUUUGGGUGCUCAGCAUGCGACAGUAUCUUUCCAUCUCUGAUGUCUUUAGAACACCAUAAGGACGAGUUCGAGCAUUGGUCCGACGAAGACGAUUAUCUAACAGAUACAGAAGAAGACGACGAGUCAGUUAGUGAAGAAUGUGAAAGACUUAUUUAAACUUCUUAAUAUACCCCAGUCUCUGUUCUCCAAAACUUGAAUUUAUAAAUUUGUUUGGGUUUGUACACGAUAUAAUACAGUCAUGAGUGCGCUAAUCGGCAAAAUAACGCAAAAGAUGGAAAACAUAUUAAGUUGUGAGAUAAAAAGAGAUUAAACUAGUGGAGGUGGGAGAUUUAGCGAUAAACACCUAUAAACUUACAUUCUAUUUAUCGUUUUCCACCUUUAGACGUAUCAGAGGAGUAUGUCAACUAAAACUGUCACUGUGGCAGUUGCCAAACUCGUCCGAUAGGUCUAAAGGUGGAAAACAAUUCUAAAAUGUAAAUUUAUAGGUUUUUAUCGAUAAAUCUCCCACCUCCACUAGUCUCAUUUUUUUUAUCUCACAACUUAAUGUGUUUUCCAUCUUUUGCGCUAUUUUGCCAGUUAUUAGAGUGCUCAUCACUGAUAAUUUAUAUCAUUAUUGUACAUUGUUUUUGAUAGCUAUAAUAAUAGGAGUUAUAAUAGCGGCAGAAACUAGAACAUAGACUGAUUUGCAUAACUCCCAAUAUUACAAAUAAAGGCAAAUUCAUUUGUUAAAUGUAUUCAGUUCGAAAACCUUUAUGAAUUUUAAAAAUCUAUAUCGCUGUAUUUUGUCAGUGAAAUAAGCAUUGAAAGUAUCUACCAGGUCGUGGAGUCACAGAGUAACAGGUAGAAAAGUGCACGUCUAUAAGUACAUAAGAAAUAAACUAUUUAAAACAAAAAUCAAAUAUAAAUCUUAAAACUCAUAUUAAAAUUGUUUUUAUGAAUCUUAAGAUACUUAUUUGUUGCUUACAGAACGUCAAAAUUUUAACACGGAUUCUAUUUAUUUACAAUUAUUAUGGUAAAACGUUAGCAUCAAUUUCUGAAAUAAUUUAGGUGUUUUUGUUUUAACAUUUGUCUGAAAAAAAGUUAUGUAAUAGCUAUUUGUAUAACAAGGGAGGAAAGAGCUACUUUUCCUCCCGAGAAUGAAGUUUACGGCCCGACGCGUAGCGGAGGGCAGCAAUCAUUCAAGGGAGGAAAAUGCAAUUUACUCCCAUGUUAUGUUAUACAUGUGAUUUUUCGACCUUUCUCAAAUAACAAGACAUUUUUUCAUUUUUAAAUAAUAAUUUAUUUAAAUAUUGAAUGGGUUGCAUAUGUGAGUCCAUAUUAAAAGUAGUAAUGAAACACAGACUUACUCACAAUCAUUUAAUAAUACUUUGACGACCGGUUUCGAUCUCUACACUAUUCAGAUCAUCUUCAGGUCGGCGCUACAAGUAGUUAAAUGCUACAAUUAAAGAAAGCCAGAGUUAGAACAUUAUCUGGUUGUACAAAUGCUAAUAGAAAGCCAAAAUUUGGAAAAAUAUAUAUGCAACUGUUGACAUUUCAGAACAACAAACAAUGCACACAUAUGAGAAACAGAUACUCAUAAGCAUGUAUACGCACAUGGAUGCAUGCGGUUUAUGACUAUUUGUUGAACGAGUAAAAUUUAUAAAUCAUUAAAAACUAUUAAAAAUCUUUUAAAAGGUUUUCAAAAUUCAAAAAAUAGUAAAUAAUAUCAUUUUGAUCCACUUACAUGCCGUUACAAGGGAUGCGUUGCCAGUUCGUUGAUAACAUGUUUAUACGUCCAACUUAUGCUAAUAGGAUAGCUAGGUAAGGGACAGGACAAGCAGACAUGCUUCGUAGGUCAAAACAACUUUUACUACUAAUAAUUUAUUUAUUUAAUUAACUAACACAAUUUAGAAAACUAAAACUAACAAGUAGGUAGAGCAGAACUGUCAACUGUCAAAUAUACCUAAGUCAAAUUUUUAAUGUAUACAUUGUUAAAUCUGUUUUAACUGUUAAUUUGUUACUGUUUUUUCCAUUGUGCAAAAUACGGGGUGUUUUAUAAAUAAACGUUAAAAUGUAUAGAUAGGUACUUACGUAAUAGAUAGUAGAAUAUUGUAGACAGCGUCAAUAAGUUAUUUCAUCAAUGACAUACCAUGACGUCACUUUUACUUUUACUCCCUAUGUUGCGUAACAAUUUUAGUUGUCAAGAAUUUUUUGGGGAAUAAAUAUACAAGUAAAAUCAAAAGAUAUUCCCGAAAUGUAAAUAACGAAAUAAUUAUUCAACGAUUUGUGAUUUUUUUACGGAUCUGAGAUGCUACAAACAGCUUUGGAAGCAAACUAUCUUAGAACGACUUUCUUCGAAGACAGUUCUUCGGAGAGUAGUACAAGCCAAGUAAUAUUCUACGUUUGAAAUGGAAAACACGCGAAACAAGACUUAUCCAAGUUUGGCAUAAAGUGUGCUGCAAGAAUAAGACCAGUUUUCAAAACUUUUCUGAUAAACCGCCCUUGAAAAUAACAAACAUUGAAGACCUACACGAAAAAAUUCCAAACUAGUUCUAGUCUUCUUCUUCUUCUUCUUUUUUUUGUGUAGACAUAAGUCUGUCUGUUUCUUCAAUGUGCCUCCAAUAAGUUGUCGUUCCAUCGUUUUCGUGGCCUUGUCAAUAAUUGUCUUUCUAUUGGGGAGCCAUAUCUCUCCGUACUUACUACUUUCAUUUCUUUUUCAAUAUUUUUAUUUCUCCAUAUUGUUUCAUUCAAGUAACCUGCGGUUCUGUUUGCUCUAUUCACUUGAUCUUCCACUUCUGUUUCAAGCUUUUCGUAGUUACACUUAUAUAUAGGUAGUGUGAUGCCUAGAUAUUUAAACUCCAUCACUUAUUAUAUUAUCUGACCCUCCAGCUCUAAUUUAAAUUUUAUUGAAUUUGUUAUUUUUAUAUGCCAUUAUGUUGUUUUAUAUGUCAUUAGAUUGAAAACUUAGUCUUUUUGCUAUUUCGUUCGUUGCAAUCCGUGACUGCACGCCGGGAUUUGUUUUGGUUGGAUCAGAGAGAGCAGCAUAUGUGCCUCCUGAUGAGAGACUAAUAAGUUUCGAAACCGGUAGAGGUGCUUGCUGCACUCUCUGAUUGGACUAGAAUAUGGUGCGGCUGUAUUUUCGUUUUGCAACGAAAUUGAAAGUGGUUAUUCAUUUUUGAUUUAUUGAAUUUGUUGUUAUAACCAUACAUUUUUUCUUUUUUGGAAAAAUUAACAUGUUAAAUUUUCUGGCGGUUACAUUAUAUUGGUGCAACAUACGUUGUAAAUCAUCUUUACUUUGAGAGUUUGGUAUUGCAUCGUUUGCAUAGCAGAUUAUUUUAAGUUGUUUUUCUCCCAUUUGGUAUCGUUUGUUAGUUCUUAGAGAGUUUGUUAGUUAGGUUCAACAAUAGAAGACUUACGGAAUCUCCCUGUCUUCUCCCAUUGCCAGCUUCAAUUGGGUUAGUUAGUUCUAUUCGUACUAUCAAAUAUAAUUGCUUCGUAAAAUAAUAGAAUAAAACGAAGUUGUAUGCGAACCAAAUACUAAUGUUAAUUAUAUUAUAUACUCAAUGCCUCGUUAAUAAUAAUUAAAUCCACGGUUUUGAAAUACAUUGUAAAUUUAAAUGAAUGUUUACCAAAAUGCUUAAUGUAGCUAUAUAGUAGAAUAGUAUUUUCGGUGGUGAAUUUUGCGGUUUUGUGUGAUUUUGUAAAAUAUUUGUUUAAAUAAUUGAAUUAAAACGUUUAGUUCGUGAUGUCGUUUUACAAAAUAAUUGAUAAAUGUAUCUAGCGAUUUAAGAACAUUGUGUUGAUAGUAUAAUUUUAUCGUCUAGAGUACGCCAAUGAAUUAAGUAAAACACGUUUUUGUACUGUUUCAAACGAUAUAAAAAUCGGAUCGAAUAGCCUAAUUGAUUAUUAUUAUUCUUGGAGCGUUGAUUGAAGAAUAAUAGACAACAGCGAGGUACAAGAGUUGAGUUUAUGUAGGUAGUAUUUCCCGAUUAUUUUCCGCUGUAGUUUUGGCGAGCUGAGCGAAUCCGACAGUUUGCUUCUUACCUAUCCUUUUACCUAUCCUUAUAAGCGGUGAUCGUAUAUCUUUUAAAUGUCUUUUUAAUCCGGCGAGGUGAGCGGGAUCUCCUUUCUCCCCUUUCCUUAUACAUUCAUGUCGUAUUAAUAAAAGCAAUUCCUAUUUCGCGCGAUAGUCAAAAUUAUUCAUUCAUGUACAAAAAUAUCGUCACAUCGGCCCGAACAGUAAGCUCGAUGCGUAGAAAUUAUAAAUAUAUUUUGUUAACGAACUUAAUGAGUAAUUAAGGCUAAUUAUCUUAUCUUCUGUUUAUUUCGAUUCCAAAUAAAAAUGUUUUAAAAAGCGAACUCUUUUUCUUCGACUGAUAGUUACCUGGAGCAACAACGACGCAACGACCUCGUUACAACAUCCACUGCAUUCUAAAGAGUAAACGCCAUUGGAUUUAAUCAUCAGCACGUAGCGCUCCAACCUUGGGUGGGUCUUGGCUGACUGUACAACUUUUUCCAAUAUUUUCGGUCUUCUAUCCACCUAGGGUCAAAUGGAAUGUUCAUUUUUCGGAGAUCUGCUUGGAUGUUAUCUCUCCAUCGCAUUCCGGGACGUCCGAGUGGUCUUUUGCCUGUAGGAAUCUCAUCCAAUACCAGUCUUACAAGUCUCUCGUUAUGAAGUCUGUGCACGUGGCCUGCUCAUCUUAGUCGCUGUGAUUUAAUUUCUUGGACAAUAUCGGUGUCAUUGUAGAGUUCUUUUAAUUAGAAGUUGGUUCUGAUCCUAUACUGGUUUGUGGUGAUGUCGUGGUAAGGUCCGAAAAUUUUUCAUUCAAAACGUGUGAGCUUUUCUUCGCUUGCUUUGGUCAUGGUCCACGUUUCGCAUCCAUAUGUUAGUAGAGGUCUGACGAUGGAUUUAUAGAUUUUGAAAUUUGAACUUCUUGUAAGAUUUUUUGAUUUUAUAAGCUUAUCCAGUGCGAACAGACAGCGAUUUGCCGAUUGACUUUUAUUCUGUCUUUUAUUUCUUCAGUGACAUCUUUGUCAGCUGUUAUUAAGGACCCCAUAGGAUUUAAUGUUUAUCUUUAAAACGGUUGACACAGGAAGCAUAUUUUAUAUUGGCAACGGCGCUUCUUUAACUCACUUACCGCAGGAUCCAAUGUAAUAAGCGAUACGACACCAGACAACAAAGAUCUUCUUACUAGCCCAAAUGCAAGACCAAGACGAGACUAAGACAGUCUUGGUCUUGCGCCAGUACACCUGGUCUUGGUCUUGGUAUUGCGCUCCCAGUCUUGGUCUUGGUCUUGGUCUUGCAGCAAAAGUCUUGCAAGUCUCGCAGUUGCCCAUUAGCCUAUUGUAUAUCUUAGAACAACGUAACAAAGAGGUACAUUUUAAGCUUGAAUAUUAUAGCCAUAGUAAAGACUAGCCAAAUUAAUAAAUAUCUAAACAACUGACACCGGGUGGGGUUUAAACCCACGAUCUAAGUGAUCCCUGCCUAUGUUCUAACUAACUGAAGUUAAAACUACCUCUUAAAACCCACAAAAGUUCAUUUGCAUAUCUCAACCGGUUUUAGAGCAAUAAAUAAAUGGUCAGUUUGUAAGAAAAAUUUCAACCCCCCCCCCCCCAUUUGAUAAACAAAGCAUUUAUAAAUAAACGUUUAUGAAGCAAACUGUCAUUACUUUUUCGUACAGAAUUACCCAUUAAAGUUUGGUAUAUAUUGAUGAAAAACAAGGUUAGUUAAAAAAGUACCUAACUUUCUUUAUUAUCCAAUAUAAGUGAAUGAAUAAAAAAACAUAAUGUUAAGAAAAUAUGAGGCUAUAGUUGGGCUUAAAUUUCAAUAUGCUAUUUCAUGCUAGAAUAAUAAGUUAGCAUAAUGCUAGAAUAUUCCACAGAGUGAGAAAAAACACAGUUUAACUGGUACACCCGGUAUACACUGACAAUAAUAAUUGACCUGUCUAGCAACAAUAUCUAUUAUUACUGCAAUAUUUAUAAAGAAUAAGACAAAAUAUUUUAAAAAAUCACUUAAAUUGGACAACAGGUUUAGGAAAUUUUAGACAUUAAAAAUGACCCGUUUUUUAGGUGGUGCGUUAAUUUCUUGUAGAAGUGAAUAUCGUUAAAAUAAUAUUUCGGUAUUAUGUUUACACGAUAUCCAGCAUUAUCUCUAUACUUUUGUCUGGUUAUGAUACUUGUAAGAAAUAAUAGCCGCGCUGUUUCGGCAAAUUUUGUUUAGCCGAGUGACCUCAUAACAAAGGACACAGUCAGCAGAAACAAUACAUAAUAGUCUUACUAUAAUAAUGUAUAUUGAUAAGAUGUCUGGUGUUUAGAUUCCUAGACAACUAAUAAUGAAAAAAUAUUUAUGUAAAUUUAUAUAAGUGCUAAGGUGACAUAUUUUUAAAAAGUUUGGUUGCGAUAUUCGAUAUUACUGUAGGCGUCGUAACGCAGGAAUGUUGUGUUAUAUGAAUAUGAUUAGUAGACGACUAUUCUCCAAACCAGAACAAUUGAUUUCACAGCAAAAAAUCCGCUGCUGAGAAAGAAUUUACUUAAAAAUUUUAUUUUUACAUUAUAAUAAUGACCUCUGACUACAUGUCAAAUGUGUCGAGUGUUCCUUUAAUUGAUAUUUUGAUUCGCUAUGUAUGUUUAUGGUAUUGUUCGUAAUGCGCAUAAAUCCAAUUUUUGUUGCAAUUUUUUUCUCAUAGAGUAUCUAAGAGUAUAGCCGAACUUAUAUACUCCCUAAAACGACCCUCAGUUCUAACUGCAAGACGCAAGAGUCUCGCAGGCUUAGUCUUGUUCUUGCUUAAGUCUUGCACGGUAAGUCUUGGUCUUGGUCUUGCUAAAGUUACGCGGUAUUGGUCUUGGUCUUGGUCUUGCGAAAAUGGAAGAACAAGACGAAGACUGCAAGACCAAGACCGAUUUUGGGCAACACUACUUCUUACAGUGCAUAUCGAUUCCGGAUGUUGACGAACUGCAAGGCUAUCGUACAUUUACUUGAAGCUAGUCGGAAUAGUUCGAUUGUAGACGUAAUGGACUACUUUCCCAGGUUUUGAAGUCAAGAUAUUCUUCUUUUCCCCGUUCUACUCUUUCCAAAUAUCUUUCUCUGAAGAAUGAGUUACAACAAGCCGUAUCCCUCAUUUCUGAUGACAUGAUCAAGAUUAUCUAAUUUGGGCUCUUUGAUUGUGUUAAUAAUCUCGCAUUCCUUGUCCAUUCUACAUAGGUCGUCCUCAAUAUUAAUCUCACAAUCCACUCAUGAAAUUGUUAAAAUGCAUCACAAUGUAACAUCACAUCUCCAAGGUGCUUUCCUUAAGAAGCUUCAGAAAUUGUCCAAGCCUCUACUCGGUAUAAUAACGUAAAAAAUACAUGGCAUUUAAUGAUAGAGACAUGGGUACUAAGCGGUAAAGCGUGACUUCUGAUAUAAUUAUUUAUAUGGAAUAAGUAUCAAAUAAUAUGUAACACUCCACUGUAAUUUUCAGGAUUUACUAACGGUUCCAUCAACUGAAUGCAUCUAACUAAAAUUUGCCAAAAUAAAACAAAACCAAGAGUAAAGGAGGGUUGAUAUCUGAUUACAUUUUUUUAUUCUGAAUUUAAUCUUUUGAAAGUAUCUACCUUACAACGUUUUCGUUAGUCAUACCAUCUGUAAUUUUAAUUUUAAUUAAAUAGUGAUUUAUUAAAAAAAUACAGUAAUUCAUGCAAAAUAGGCCAUAUCAGAUAGUUUUUGAACUAGUUUAUUAUAUUUGGUUUACCUUAUUAAUUUCAGAUCACGAAUAAAAAUAUGUUUGCGUAAUUAAGAACUUUUGUAGCUAUAAUAUAUAAAAAUUUUAGUAAAUUGUUUAAAAAAAUUUCGACAAAAACGUCAGAAGGUAGAUCAAGUAUAUUAAUUUAUUUGCAUGGUAGCUAAAAGUUUUUGGAGAACUGUCAAAAGAGACGUAGCUAAAGGACCCCUAAAUAUGUGAAUCAAAGCAUAAUCAUAUUGUAUUAAGUUUAUAACAUUUGGAACCAAAUAUGAUGUAAAUAUUACGUAAGAGGUAGACCAUUGGUGCUAAGAAAAAAAUUACUCAUUUACCAGAAGAGAUAUGGCAUUAAAUAAUCUAUAAAAGUAGAAUUUAGAAAUCAAUUUGAAAUUAUGUAGGUAAACUUAGAAGGGCUCACUAUAGUUCUCUUAUUCUACAUAUCAAACUCUAUAUCCCUUCAUUCUUUUUAAAAAUAGUAGCAAGUUACGAAGUUCAAGUUGCUUCAUAGCAAAUUGAAGCAACUCUUCAUCAAAAAUAUGACUCGGGUACAUCCUAUAGUUAUGAACGACAGAAUUUAUUAUGCGUUAUAGUUCUAAUAUGGACAGUUAUUUAUAUACUUUUCCUGUUAUCUAUGCUUAUUUUGACUUCUUUUACUUCUACUUCUUUUUCAGCUAAAAAUUGGAUAUUCAAAUUUUAUAUUCUACUUUCUUUUUGGGGGUAUAAUAAGAAUAAUAUAUAUUAGAAAAAUGUAAAGGUGUACUAGAUGGUUUGAUAGAAAACUCUUUGAAAUGAAAACAUCUUUUUUAAUAAUACGAUUCCGCAAAAGAGGUGUUGGUUUCAUCAAUUAUCUUUUCGUUGGAGCUAAACUUUUUAUUUACGUGCCUUACCUGCAGCAUAGCACUGACGACCACUUACUGGUAAUAAAAACCUGAUAGAGAAGUCUGCAGAAUACAACAAACUGAUAUUCGUGGAAUACAACAAACUGAUAACUGAAUAUUGGCACUGAUAUUCGUGGACACGAGAAAGCAUUCUAUACCAUAAGCCAGCAGAAAAUAUUAAAAGUAUUGAUAGAAUGCCGAACAGACCAUGGCUACACUAACAUGAUCAAAUAUAUCUACUAAAAGACGGCUAGCGUAAGACUAUCUGAACAACAAACAAAGAAAAUCUGUAUACAGCGAGGAGUACGGUAAGGAGACACCGUUUCACCAAAGCUAUUCACAACCCUUUUAGAACAAACUUUUAAGAAGGCAGAUCUGAACGAAUAUGGCAUUAAUAUAAAUGGACAGAAGCUCAGUCAUUUGAGAUUCGCAGAUGACAUCGUCCUUAUAGCCAAUCGUAUGGAUGAUGCAAUAAUAAUGUUGAACAAAUUAUAUCAACUUUCCUUAGAGGUCGGACUAAAGAUUAACAUCAACAAGAUGCAAAUAAUGACUAAUCUGCUGCUAAAUCGUAAUAUUGUUGUUGAUGAAAUGGAUAUUCAGCAGACUGCAUCUUAUAAGUACUUGGGACAUGAAAUUCAGUUGUGGGAAGCGAUAACGAUUGUCGCAUAGGAUUAGCCUGGGCAGCGUUUGGUAAACUGAGUUAUGUAUUUAAAUCAGACUUACCUAUAUGCCUGAAAAAGAAAAUCUUUGACCAGUGUGUGUUGCCUGUACUCACUUAUGAAGCCGAAACAUUAACACUCGCAAAAAAGGUAGUGAACAAGAUUCAUUUGCCUAACUCAGAGGGCUAGGGAUCGCCAGAUUUUGGGUGUAUCCCUGAGAGACCGAAUCAUAAACGAAGAAAUACGUCGUGGAACAAAAACAACAGACGCUGUCGAAAAAAUCGCCAAAGUGGAAUUGCACAAAAGUGGAUGCAAGACGCACAAAACAGAGACAGAUGGAAAGAGCUAAGGGAGACAUAUGUCCAGCAGUGGACGCGUAUGGGUUGAUGAUGAUGAUAUCUUCAGAAUUGGGAAUAAAUACAUAAUAAUCUGAUGAGGCCAAAUCAGGAGAAUCAGCCGGAUGAUAAGCAAUAAUUAGAAGCUCUAAUCAUGGAUUUUUGCCCCUGUCAUAAUAGUCUUGUUAGCUCGUGCACUGUCUGCAUCUGUAAGAAACAUUAUUUUUUUCGUCUGCAUAAAUAUGGGUCUGUUUCUCACUGAAGUCCUAUUUAAAUUUUUCCAAUAAUGCAUAAAAGUAUUGGCUAUUGAUAGUUACAACUUUCUCAAGAAAUUAUGUUCAAAAUAUUCCUUUUCCAUUCUAAAUACAAUGUCUCUAACCUUUUCCACGUUUUGAGUUCCUGUUGGGUAUUUCGGAGCACUUUUGCCAGCUUCAAGCCACUGCUCUGCCCUCCUAAGGAAAACCAUCGUAUCUGCAGUACUUAUAAAAAUGAGUAAAUGGACUUCAAAGAAUCUGAAACUUUUAAAAGGUGCUAAAAUUGUUACAACAAUGCGGUUAGAAACAAUUUUACUGUAUAUCAAUAAGUCUGUAAAUAAGCUGUGCUUUUUUAAAAAAAGAGCAGUAAUUUAUCCUAAUUUUAUGCCUAUUAUGGCAGAUACUGGGAAAAAAAUUGUAAGUAAUAUUAGGAAUUGCUAAGUAAAACUACAGCAUCUACAGAUAUUAUGUAUAUGCGGUGCUUUUUCUUAGCAUAAUGUUACAGAAAAUAUAAUUAAACAACAAAAUUAGUUUUUGAACAAUUUAUUAAAUCUACAUAUUUAAUAAAAAAAAACACAUUUAUUAUACCGAAUAAAUAUACAAAGAAAUUAUUUUAUUAAUUCUUAUCUUCCUCAAGGUUUUGUCAAAAUUGUAACCUAUUUGAAGUCAUUAUGGUUUUGAGAUUUUAAAUAAGGGUUUCUUUUUUAUUUUUUGAUACUCCAAAAGAAGAUGUAAAUGCCUGAGGGCUGGGAAGUUUUUUAUUUAAAACCUUAUUUUGAAGAAAAUUCAUUUUAAACAUACUAUCGGAUUUAUUUGUGUACUUGUACUUAAGAGAAAAUGAUCCCCGGUUUGCAACAAUUUCUGUUAUUUUCGCAAAGUAAGAACGUGGCUCCAUUUUUUUAAUUUUAGCUUGUGACGCAAAAUCUUGCCACUUAAAAAAAUCUGUAUACUACAUUGUUUUUAUUGUAACCUAUUUUGAAUUUGCAUUUCCAACAACUGUCAUAAAAUCAUUAAAAUCAUAGUUUUUUUAAGAUAGUUCCAUCUGAUGGUAGAAGCUAUCAGCGGACAUGACUAACAGUUUACUUCUGUGAGACAUCUGCCUGUACAGAAUAUUGUUUAUUAGUUUUACAUACACGCAGAUUUUAAAUACCAUACCACCCUCAUUUAAAAAAGAGUACUUUCGGUGAAUUAAAUUACUAUGUCGUUUUACAAAAAUAAACAUAAAUUCAAUGAAUAUGACUAAAACAUCUUAAAUUUUUUUAACUUAUGUACCUACAAAUAACUUGAAAAAAGUAUUUAGGCCAAUUUUUUUUAAUCUUGGCUACUUACCCUACUUGCUUUUCAACAUUAAAAAUUUUACGUUGUUUCUUAAUAAAUUUUGCAGACACAAACUAACAACCGCACCAUACACAAGUUGAGAAAAAACUAAAUAAAUUGAUAAACCGCGCCAAUUACGUAGCAAAAACACCGCAAUUGGGUAUUGCUUAAAAUAAAUACAGUAACUGCAGACUCCGACAAGUAUAUGCGGGGUUUUACCUAAGUAAUGUUAUAGUUGCGGGGUUUUUCCUUAGUUCCACGCAUGUUUUUGUAGAUGCUAGGUUUAGUAUUUCUUUUAGAAUAUAUAGUUGGGGUUGUAAAUACUGUACUUUUCUUAAAUAAUCAUGUAAUAUAAACCCUCUGGAUAAAAUUUUCGCUCCUAACUCAAUUUUCAUAAUUUUUGCAUAUACGGUGUUUUUCCUAAGGACGGCAGAGCUGCUGUGCACUCAUUCUGUUCUCUAGUUUCAGAUAUAUUUUUUGAUUAUGUAAUAGGCAGAUUACAUCGGUUGAUUUUUCUUUAAUUUAUAGAAUUAUUAAAUAUUAUUUGUCUAUUCUGACACUAUUAGUUCUUGGGACCACCAUUAAAAAAUGUAUUACUUCCCUCAUAGUCAGUUAACCUUGUCGAGUCAUACAACUUUUCUAUUCCGGAAUAUUUUCAGGAGUGGGGCGUUUCGUAAAUAUAGACGUUUCUAGACUUUGGUGCGUCCGACAACUCGAGUGCCCUUAAAAAUUUGUCGGACAGUAUUACCAGUAAAUUUUAAGUAUUUUUAUUAAACAAUCCUGCAAAAAAAAUCAUCAUUUAUCACACCAUAGUGCGCCCCACAUAGAGGGCAGCCCGCAUCAUAAAGAGUCAUAAAAUUUGUACCCUCACAGCUGAUUUUUGCAGAAUUGUUUGAUAAAAAUAUUUAUCUACUCUAUCUCAUAUUAUGCAUAAGUUUUUAGUUUGUAAAAACUUUCAAUAUAGAUAGCAGUGCGUGGAGGAUUUAAAGUGUGCGUGAAGUAAUAAUGUAUUUUAAAUGGGGUUUGCUUUUUCGCACUAUUUUUUGGCACACUUUCAUAACGAGCGAUCCACAAUUAUUGGGAUCAAAGCUAGCCGUGCAAAAAAAAUUACGUAUGUCUUGUUUUAAUCUGAAUUUAUAUCAUUGGUUUUUCAAUUAAUUUUGAUUAACAUUAUAAAACAUAAAAAAUCAGUCAAAACCUAUAACACAGAACUUUAAUCAAAAGUAAAAAGAAUUAACAAAAUUAUAAGUAACAAUAGUAAAUAAAAUCAAACAAUAUGCUGUAUAUGUCCACCACCAACAUCUCUACAUAACCUAACACCUAACUUUUCUUGUUAAGUUGACAUAGUUGACGUACACUACUGGAAAGGUGAGGUAAACUGGAAAGUAUAUCUGAAUUAAAAAUAGUCUGUCUCUGUCGUUAUAAUCAAAUAUCCUUAACUCGCGUUGUCAUGGUGAUGACAUUUGAGCAAUAAACAAAAGAUUUGACAGUUUUGUGGUUUGAAAGAAGUAGAAUUUUUAAAUGUUAAAGGUCUAAAAAUUGUAGAAUAGAAAUAAAUUCCAGUGACGAAAAGUUACAGUUUUUUUAAUUUGUUUAUCGUAGAUAAAAUAUUGUAUGAAACUGUGCGUGAAGUACUUUUUGCGAACUUACGCGAUGUAUAGCAUUCGCUCCGCUGUGCUUUAAACGCUCUAAACGCUUGUGCUCUAAACAUCGCAUGCGUUCGCAAAAAGCAUACUUCACGAACUGUUUCAUAAAUAACUAUUACAAUUUACUGGUAACAUUGUCCGACAAAUUUUUAUGGGUGCUCCAGUGGUCGGACACGCCAAAGUUUAGAAACCUUUAUAUUUACGAAACGCUCCCCUCCCCAAAAAUAUUUCCUAAAUAGAAAAGUUGUCCGACUCGACAUGAAUGCCUAACUCAAUAAAAAAAGUUUCAUGAGGAAGAUAAUAUAUUUUUUUAAUGGUGGGCCCAAGACCUAUGUAUAUGAAUCACUCUACAUAUUUCAGAAAUAUUCUGAUGUGUAUACAUUGGUAUUAAUGAACUGCUUUAUAUGAUAUGUUUUAUAUUUCUUAGAUAAAUGAGUAAAAUAUACAUCUUAGUACUAAUAAAUCACCCUGUAUAUCAAAAUCAAAUAUUUUUUAAUAUUGUCAACUUGAGAAGUAGAUUAGUAUCCAAGAUAUUUUUUCUUUAUGUGAAUAAAAAGUAUAUCCAAUU